UCGGGAGUCCAAGUCGAAGUCGGGAGUGGCAGGCCUUAGGCCCUUUCAAAUUCCGGUCGCCCAUCGCCAAUCGUCUGCUGUGGCAGAACAUGAGGUGUUCGCUGGCCUAAUACUUCGACUCUGCAACCAGCAAUUCUCAAGUCUUCCCAUUUCAGAAAAAAUCAGCAACUUUCCACUAUUUUAGAUUGUUGCAGCCAGCAUUUUUAUUUAAGAAAUUAUAUGCCUUAGUAGCAAGUGGUUAACUCAGACAUGGUAGGGUGAACGUGUGAAGUUGGUUACCAAUAACGUGUACAAACUGCUGCUUGGUGAAUUCUAUUCGCCACCUGGAAUACUUUUAAACAUACUGCGUGUGUUCUAAACUCCUAUGAGCAUCUGUAAGUUUUCUUCAAAUUUAUGGACUCCAAGAUGGCGCAGAGACGUUGGAACUUCGUCUAUUGUUGUGCGUUCAAGCUGGUGGCUCGUAAAAAGUUACCAACAAAUACCGGGUCUUUCUGCUUGGAUCAGAAGCUUCAGUUUCACCUUAUCUGCUUCAUCUGAUCCCAACAAUGUUUCUUGCACUUCUUCCUCUAAUCGCCCACUUAAAUAUGAGCGCUUGCUUCCAUGCCCCUUACAAAAUUUACCUCCCAGAGUGGAGCACUUAGUGGUCAUGAAGGAAUGCACUGUUUUGGAGUACAUUAGUGAAACAUUGGAUCUGCCUCGAUUAUCUCAUUCAUUUUGGAGCUGUAUAUUAUGCUUUAGUAUGCCCAAAGCCUCCUCCCACUGCAACAUCUGAGCAAACUAAAUUAUAUGAAGAAGUUACUGCUCCAUCAGUGUUAAAAAAGAGAGAAUCGGUUAAAGGUAAAACGUUCAGGGAAGCACAGAAAACAUUCCGUAUAAGUUCUGCUAACCACAUCCUCGAAGCUGGAACUUACCUACGGGUGCAUGUACACCCAAAACGCUUUCCUAGGUGCUACGAGAUUGAUUGGAAGUCUAGAAUUAUUGCAGUGACCGAAUCCUAUGUUGUUUUGGACAAACCUGCUGGCACAUCUGUUGGAGGAACAACAGAUAACAUUGAAGAAAGUUGUGCCACAUUUGCUACUCGUGCAUUGGGAUUACCUACUACAUUGCUUACUACUCAUCAGAUUGAUAAUUGUACGGAAGGAUGUGUUGUGUUGGCUCGAAUGAAGGAGUACUGUUCAGUGUUCCAUGGAAAAAUCAGGGAAAAAAAGGUGAAAAAACUUUAUGUUGCUCUUGCUACUGCACCUGUUCCAACCGGGAUAAUUACACAUUACAUGCGUCCCAUUAAUUCUGCCCCAAGAAUUAUUUCUGAAGAUUUUAUAAAAGGUUGGCAAAUGUGCAAACUUGAGGUUUUGGAAUGCAAGAAGAUACCCUGGCCCAGGAGUUCAAUUGAAAGGGAAUACAAUAUUGAAAAUGGUGGAUGGCCCUCAAAGGAAUUUGCAUAUGAGUGUACAAUUAACCUUCUGACUGGUCGGACGCAUCAGAUUCGAGCCCAACUAGCAGCCUGUUUUGCACCUAUAGUGGGCGAUUCAAUGUAUAUGCCUGCUGCUAUUGCCGAGAUGAAUUGUCCAGGGUGUAACCCAUAUGGAAAAAGUGGUAAAGAAUACACAAGUGAAAAUGAUAAAUCAUUUGCUGUGGAAGAGUGGAUUGCUCAGCAUGGAAAGGAGCCUAGUAUUGCUGUUGGCCUUCAGGCAUGCCAAAUUUCAUGGGAUGAUGAUGAUGGAGACCACCUUUAUGAGGCUGGAUCUCCCUGGUGGAGAUCAUAACCCCGUUAGUAAUCUCUUGACCUGUCCAUGUCAAAACUCUUAUCACAUUAAGGAACAUAUACUGUAAUGGUUCAUUAAGACUUACACAACACUAUGCCCAUGGCCUAGAGAGAAUGAUGAUCUACUUCAGCUAAUGCUUAAUCAAUGUAUUAGAUGGGAAUACAUCUUCUGGAGUUUG